AUGAAGCCAACUAUUGACGAAAUAAAUAGGGAUAUUAAUUCACCAUGGUAUGAAGUAUGUCACACAGCGACCGGAAGGGGUUGUAUCUCGAAAUGUGAGAUUCCAAAAGAUACAGUAAUACAUAUAAGUAAAGCUUUGAGUUCAGCCAUUUCACGUCCCUUUAAAAAAGAAGUUUGCUCAUCUUGCUUCAAAUUUAGCGGAGGAAAGACUAUCAAAUUCAGGUUAGGUGGUCAACACCCUUUAUAUUUUUGUUCAGAGCAAUGCUUGUCUGCAUUCACUGCAGACGAUAUUGAUCAGAUUUAUCUUAAUUCUCUUCUAAAUGUUGAAAGUUUUUACAAUAAUGGUUUAAGGAAACCAGAUGAACUCGAAUUAACUAUAAAUGAAGACAAGUUUGAAGAGCAAAUUAUAGAAGAAUGGAAAAAGAUAAGUGAAUGGGAAGAGAAGAUAGAUAAAAUGAAACCAUCGAAAAGAUUGAAUAAUAUUCCAAAGAUCGGUGAAUCGGAAUACAUAGAAGCCAAAUAUAUUGUUGGAAUACUAUUUCAAAUGUAUAAAGGUAAGCAUCAUGAAUUGAAAUUCUUCGAAAGUCUACAAUCCAAUGAACUCGAUAAGUUAAAGAGAUACCCGCAAUUAUUACAAUCAUAUACUAAUAUUUAUAAGUUUGUGAGGCUUACAGUCCACACUGAGCUUCAGCCAUUAGUAACAAGUGAAUUAAUCAGAACGAUACUUGGUACGAAUCUCACCAAUGCAUUUGGGAUUUGGUCCCAACCUGUGGAUGAUGCAGAAGAGAAAGACUAUUUUGGUUUCGCCAUUUUUCCAUCUGCAUCCUUUUUCAACCAUUCAUGUUAUCCAAAUUUAAUAAAAACUCGUGAAGGUGAUACCUUAUAUUUCAGAACAUUAAGAGACGUUGACCCAAAUACAGAAUUGUUCAUAAGUUAUGGUAAUUAUUCAAAUGAAAAUGUUCAAAUAAGACAAGAACAGUUAAGAGAAUGGUUUUUUGACUGCUCAUGUACAAAGUGUAUUAGCGAGCUUGGAAUGGAUAUUAAAUGUAAAUAG